AUGCCUCCGAAAAGGAAAUCAACAGAAUCACUCUCAGCCAUCAAAGGCUCCAAGUCCAAGCGACCUAGAUCUGAUGAAAGUCCGGACGCGUCUGACAUCUUACCAAACCCACGCUAUACCAAGGGCUCAAUAACUUCAUUCUACGAUGUCCUGUACAAGGAGAUACUCGUCGAUACCAAGAAAGCAUUCGGACUGGUUUCUCUAUGCGAAUGGAACUUUGUUGGAUCUCCUGAUAACGACGAGACUGAAGAUACUGAAGAGGACCAGAGUGAGACUGAGGAGGACCAAAGUGAGACUAAGAAGGACUCAGUAUGCUACAUCCCCUUUUCCGCCAGAUAUACAUUGAGCCUAAUGACAACUAUAAUUGGAAAGAAAUUUUGCCAGGACCCUUGUGUCUGUCGCAAGCCUACCCUAGAUAAUCCAAACCACCCCUGGGUUGUGAGCUAUGCCGGAUUACUGAGAGCGUCGAUAGUUGAGUUAUUGGCGAAUGUCCGCGAGCCGUGGGUUUUUUCCCUCCAUACAUUCAAGUAUCACCAAAGCUACGGCUUGAUAGAGCUUCUCGAGAAUCUGUUGUUAGAUUUUGAUGAAGAGGAAGGGAAUUGGAAGAAUCAAUGGGCUAUUUGUGAGGCGAUAGGUCUAAUAUUCACGCGUGGCACUAUGGAGCUGAUAGACCAUGUCGAUGAUCCCAACUGUCUUUUUGAGCUUUGCCGUCUUGUACAGAUCAUGUUCCUGACUAUGCUUGCUACUCUGGAACGGCAAAAUCUAUUGGGCCCUGAUUCUGAAGUGAAAAAUCUGGGAGUUGUUAUGGGGAUGUAUGUUCUGGUUGCGGCUGAAAUUGGAAGCAAGAAAAGAAACGUUCUCGUGGGUGGGGGCAUCAUCACGCUCGGGUCGUCCAACCUUGUGAUGAUGGACACAAAGCUUAGCAAAACCCGUCACACAUCUAACGUUAUCAUGGGCUAUGCCGACAAGUACGGUUUUAAGCCCCAGUCUCCUCGCGACUUGGUGAAUGAGCUGGCUCGCCGCAAGAUCAAGUCACCCAGACUUACGAUCCCAUUGCCCACAGCCAAAAAGAAUGAUCCUUGGAAUUGGAAGAAGACUCUGGAAGAGUACAAGGGGGGGCCAGUCGGCGGUGACCGGUUGGACAUGACCAGUUGGAAACCUGAGGAACGUGCGAAGCAUUGUUUUGACAAAAGUGAAGAUCCACUUACCCAGAGUGCGUUAGAUGCUUUCAAAAGGGGAGAGUUGCUAUUCAUGUGA